CGGCCCCGCACGGGGCGGGACGGAGGCCCGGGACGCCUCUUAUAAAGACGGCGGCUGCCGGGGGUAAUCCAGCGGCAAACCUUGUCCUGCUGCUUGCUCACUCUUUCCUUAGCGCUUCCUUUCGGCUCUCCCGCUCCGUUCCGCCCGUCCCGGAGCGUUGUGCUGUGAGCGGAGCCCCGCGGCUUCCCCUGCGCAUCGCGCUCCGCCUCUCCCCGUUCCCCCCCGCUCUCCGCGGGGUGCGGAGGCCAUGUUCCCCCUGGACUCCACCUGGAAUAUCUCCUUCGCCGGCUGCGGCUUCCUGGGGGUCUACCACAUCGGGGUAGCGAGCUGCCUGCAGGAACAUGCCCCCUUCCUCGUCACCAACGCCAGGAAGGUCUAUGGUGCCUCGGCCGGGGCUCUCACCGCCACCGCCCUGGUCAGCGGUGCCUGCCUGGGUGAGGCUGGUGCCAGCAUUAUUCGAGUGUCAAAAGAAGCCCGGAAGAGGUUCUUGGGCCCCCUCCACCCAUCUUUCAACUUGGUGAAAAUCAUUCGGAUCUGCCUGUCCAAGACUGUGCCUGAGAAUGGGCACGAGGUGGCAGGAGGACGUUUGGGUAUUUCCCUCACCCGGGUCUCUGAUGGAGAAAAUGUGAUCCUGUCAGACUUCCAGUCCAAGGAGGAGCUGAUCCAGGCCUGUGUCUGCAGCACCUUCAUCCCUGUCUACUGUGGGCUCAUUCCCCCAACCCUGCGUGGAGUGAGAUACGUGGACGGAGGGAUUUCUGACAACCUGCCCCGGUAUGAGCUGAAGAACACCAUCACAGUGUCUCCAUUUUCAGGGGAGAGUGAUAUCUGUCCCAGGGACAGUUCCACAAACAUGCAUGAGCUGAGAGUCACCAACACAAGCAUCCAGUUCAACCUUCGCAACCUCUACCGCCUCUCCAAGGCUCUGUUCCCCCCGGAGCCCCAGGUGCUGCGGGAUAUGUGCAAGCAGGGCUACAGGGAUGGACUGCACUUCCUGAAGAAGAAUGGUCUCCUCAAUCUUCAUCGUCCAAGUCCUUCCCGACCUCUCCUGGCUAUAGAAGCCCCCCCAGAAGAGAAGAAAGAGGAUGAAAAAGCACCUGAGGACCAACUGGAGGACAAUACUGCUCUUGCUGUGGUUGAAGAGCAUAUCUUUGAACACUUGCCUCCCAGACUGAACCAAGCUCUUCUGGAAGCUUGUGCUGAAAGAAAAAGUUUCUUGGCUGGUAUCAGCAACAUGCUGCCUAUCCGUGUGGCCACAGCAAUGAUGUUCCCCUAUAUGCUGCCUCUGGAGUCUGCAGUUUCCUUCACUGUCAGGCUGCUGGAAUGGCUCCCAGAUAUCCCUGAGGAUAUUAGAUGGAUGAGGGAGCAGAUGACUGAAAUCUGCAACUAUCUUGUAAAGAAAGCCAAGAAGAAACUGGGCAGUCACCUUUCAGCCAGGCUUUACUACCACUUUGAGCUGGGAGGACCCCAGAGCCUGCCCCUGUCUCCUGGCCCAGUCUGUGGUGAAGCACUGCCUGUGUGGAUGAGAAGCAACCGUUCCCUGUCGGAUGUGAUGCUGAAGUGGGAGGAAUACCAACGCCAGCUGAUGCUGGGCCUGCUCUGCAUCAACGUGGACAUGCAGGCCUCCCUCUUCCCUAAGGAAGGCUUUCAGCUCAAGCUGCCACCUCUAGACUGUGCAAAAAAAGAGUGCCUGCCACUCUUCUGAGCUUGCUGCCACGAGGGGAUGAGGGUGGGUGAGGAGGGUAGCAGACACAGGGUGGGACCAGUCUCAUCCCUCAGCAGCAGGGCUGCCCUGUUCUCAUCAAGAUGCUGCAAAGGAGAUUUCCCCAGCAUGGAGACUGCUGGAAUUGGCUGUAGCCAUUUGUUACCCACUGGGCCAGGCAAGGGAUCUCUGUUCAAAGGCACACACGAGCUGAUACCUUGCUCUACCUUGCUCUAGAUGCUAACCCAACUGGGCUUUCCCAGACAUUGCACUUUGAAUUGCCAUUGGCUUUUUACUGUCAGAUAAUCACAAUGCAGAAGAUGCUCUCAAGUUCAUCCAGCUUUUAGCUUCCUUUGUUUUUUAGAGCAUGAGUCUUGGUUUUUUCUUAAAUCAUCUGACAUCCCUUAGCUCUCAGUGCUACUGAAAAAUGAAGUAGUAGCCUCUCGCCAAACUGUUUUUCUCAUGGCUUGCAAAACUCCUGACUUUCUUCUUUGCUGAAGUUCUUUCCUAUAUCCCUUAAAUGCAUCUCCACUGGAAGCCAGAGCUGGCCCUGGUACAGACUGCACUGGGACUGCAGAAAUGUAGAAAAGUUAUGCAUUUACUCUGAUUCAUGCUGUCAUGAUCUCUCUUCUUUUUUUUUUAAUUUUUUUUUUUUCCCCCUCUUGGAACUUCUGCAGCUUGACCUCUGAGCAUUAAGUCAUUGAGCUUAUUUUAAAGAGGUAAUUUAAAGAGUUGGAGGUUUUUCUGAGGGAAACACUGAAUGUGAGGCCCCAUUCCUCUCACUGUGAGUGGAAUUAGUGUGGGAUUGCCCUGGAAAAGGCUUAGCUUGGCUGUCUGAGGAUCAGCUUAGCAGCUGAAGUAAUGUGAAUUGCUUGUAGGAAGGAGAGACUGUGUAGGGGAUGUUGUUUGUCAGAGCCUUGUGGUGGAAUGAAACAGCAAGUGCUGGGGAAGUGGCAGUCUCAGACCAGGAGUCAGAUUUUGCCCCUUGAGGGACCACACAACUGAAGGAAAUUCCAAGUGGGUGACACAGAAGGGAUCUCCUGCCAAAACAGGGCUUGGUUCUGUCCCUUUUGCUUGAAGGGUUUGGACGUGGAGGCUUUGGAGUGGGGAGGAUGUAGGGGUGUAGCUGUGUCAGCCUCACACUACAGCUCACAGGUACAGCCCUGCAGUGACAGGAGGAGGAGAUGGGGAGGUGAGGAGUGCACAUGCAGCCUGCUUGGAAUACCUACACUUGUCUUGUCCCUUAAGUGUCCCUUAACUGUCCCUUAAGCUUACGGGGGCUGUAGCAGGGCAGGACUUUGCCUUGUAAGGUGCUGCCUUCUUGGGGGUGGUCUGGGUGUGACUUUGUUCACAGGGUGAGAUCUGGCUGCUUCUGGGACUGCAGAUGCUUAAGUCCUCACACUGUGACACAAAACCUGGGAUCUUUUUCUGCAGCAUCCCAUGCUGCCUGAGGUGUCUUCUACCUCUGUGAGCACAGCCAGAGGCCAACACAACCAUCUUGGCUUUGCUGGGGAGCAUGAUGGGGUUAUCUAAAGCUGGUUGUGGGUGGAAUAGUGAUUUAUAAAAGACCUUCUUUUUCACCUUUGAUUUAAAAGGGAAAAGAACCCCAGAAAUUCUCCUGAGAGCUGGCAAAAGCAGUGAAUUUGCUCAGUGGCAUAGGAGCAAGUAAUGUGGGUGAGGUGGUGGGUGCUGUUUCCUACCAGCACAAUUGUGCAGUGGGUGUGGGUUGGAGUGUUUGUGGUAGGGACUGUGAUAAGCAUCUGGGUUUUUCUGCAGUGGCACAGAGCUGUGAGGCAGCUGUGGUGCUGACAGACUGCCUGCCUGCCUGGGACACACCAGUACAAAUACCAGCUGAUGGUUUGGGCAUCACCCUGCUGCCCUCCCUGCAUCUCAGCACCCAGGUAACAGCCUGAGAGCUUCUGAACCAAGCCUGCACUCACACAGGCACAUUUAGUACUAAAGUUCACAUCCUUCAUGCAAUUAGGGAAUGGGGAAGUGGCUAUAGGAAAAGAAAAAAAAAAAAAAAAGGAGGAUUCUGAAAGCAGUGGAUUGGGUUGUAAAAGAAGUCAGUGGUGGCUGGCUGAAGCCUACAGCAGGAGGUGGCUGGUUCAGGUCUCACUGGGGUGAACCAGCAAGAAGCUACUGUCAGGGGAAGCAGAAUGAAUCUGAUGAAAGUUGGAAUUGGUUAAAGGUGGUUUUUUUGUGGCUUGCUGUGGGGUUCCAUUCUGCUGACUUCUUUAGGGGAUGGGACAGCUGCUUAGUUUGCCAAAUGCAUCUCUCUUUUCCCUAAUGCACAGAAAGCAAAUGGGAAGAACAUACAGGUAUUUAGUGGCAAGAAAUGAGGGCAUUUCAUCCAGAAGGAAAAUGGGGAGCAAAGCUGCAUGAGGAAAAUGUUGUGCUCAGGAGCUGCUGCCCUUUUGACUCUGCCUUGUUUGUGUUAAUACACGGGUGGAGAAAAUGAUGCAACUAUUUUUUUAUCCCUUCCUGGACUGGUAAAACCACUGAGUGAUUAUGUAAACCACUAAACUAUGAAACAAAAUUCUCUUGGCAAGAGAGUGCAAUAUGAAAUUGCAGCUUGUCAAUCUUAUCCCCUGGAUCUGUUCUCUCUUGCAUCAGAAUUGCCAUGGCUGGUGCUGCUGCCUUCCAGUGGUCUGAUCCAGAAGAUCUGCUGGUUCUGGACUGUGCAUUUCAACCAACUAACCCCUGUGGCUGGUAAAACACCUGAGUUUCAUUCUGUGUUUCACCUCAGCUGUCACUUACUUUGUUAUAUUGACCUCUCAAAGAGGAACUUUCGUACACUUCAAACUAACCACAGCCCAAAGCCUGGCUUUAAAUAGAAAUGUCUGAAUCUUUGGGGAGGAAACUUCCCAAACUUCUAUUUUCUCUGUGCUGAUUUGCAGGGUGUGAGCAGAUACUGGGACAGCACCACUCUGUAUUAACCCUUUCUGUGCCUGGUUUUAUUCCCCAAGUGAUGCAAUGGCUGUUGUGUGAUAGCUGGUUGGUCUUAUAAACUCUGAUAAAAGGAACUUCAGAUCUGUCAGAAAUAUUCCAAGCUACCCUCCUCCUCCUGAAGAGAAAUUUCAUGCAUUUGCUUUAAAUUCAUGCUGCUCAUUCAUCACAGAUUGCAAAGAAUGAAGAAAGCAGGAAAGAUCUUCUAGCCUGCUGAUUCAGAAAAAGGGCUGUGGAUGCUUUUAAAGUACAGUUUUAUGUCACUCACUGCUGCUUUGUCGAGAUCAGGCUCCACUUCUUUGAAAUCCCUGGAAACCUCUUGAUGGGCUCUCAGCUGGACCUGGAGGGGUUUAUUGUGAUAACCUUAGCUGAAGUUCUUUAAGCCCUUUUCCUACGUGUUCCUUGUGGGAUCUGCUGUUUUCUGGAGCUCUCAUUCCCUGCUGCAGCAAAGGUGAUUUUUGAAGCUUGGUGCCUGUCUGCUCUCCAGUAUCCAGGGGCUGAGAUCAGGUUCCUGGAGCAGGAGCUGCCCAUGCAGUCCAGUUGCCCCUCUCACAUUCAGCCCUUCUUGUUGCCACUGUUUCAUGUGAAAGAUCCACAUUCAGGAAUCCACGUUUUUCCCCCCUCCUUUCUGUGACAGAGAUGCAGCUUUCUGCUUUUUAACAAGGUGAACUUCUUGUGCAUCUGAGCAGCCCCAAGCUGUACAACACUGCAGAGGUUUGGGUGUUGUGAUCUGCUCCAUGCUUUGUAAGUCACUGUGUCUGUGGGGUGGGUUUGGUUUGGUUUGCUGGCUGCCCUGUUGUUAAUCAUGUUGCAAGCUGGUUUUCCAGGGGUAGGAGAAAAUGCUUCACUUCUGACCACUUUCUAUAGGACUUACAAAUUGUUUUCUCAUGAAUCCUUGGACUGUAUUUGCUGUUCUGAGACUUGCAGGCACAAGAAAGGAUCAGCUGUCUGCCAGCACUGGGAUGCCCCAAGUACUAACUGUAUAUUCCCCAGUGGUUUUGUCCUUUUAAAAAAAAAAAAAAAAGAAAUCCAGUAAUUUAUUUCUUUCUCCCAGAGAGAAGCCCCCACUUUGACUGAAGCAGUUGUGGAAGCAAUAGCUGGAGCUCUGUGUGAAUGUUUCCCACUUCUGCUAAACACCUGCUAGAUGUGGUGGGUGGCAGGGCCAAGCCUUGCUGAGGUCAAAGGAUCUUGCCAACUAUUUUUUUCAAGCUUUGUUUCCUUAUUCCCUCUAAAUCAGAGAACAGAACAGACCUCCUCACCUCUCUGCCAUGCCAGCCAGUUUGUCUGUGCCAAAAACACCCUGUGCCUUUCCAGAGGGCUCUGUCCUGCCUGCCCUCUGUGUCCCUGUGGUCUUUGCCUUUCUGAAUCCACCAGGACUUGUUCCUGGCUCCUCUUCCCCCUUCCCUCCCUUUUCCUCCUGGGAAGAUGUUGCUCUGUUUCCAGCCUGCAGGCAGCUCCACUCGAGCAGUCUCUGACUGCACCCAUCUCAGUGUGUGGGUCCCCAGCAGCCUUCCUGCACAACAGGGAGGGGAAACCUCUGGUCCCAAUCACAAGAAAUGUUAGAAAUAGAACUUUGAAAUAAAACCCAGGGUUUCCUCUUGAAACACCAGCUCUGGGAGCUCACUCUGCUGCUGUAACCUGAAGCACCCGUGGAGAUCCUGUGGUAGUUACUGGUGUCACAGUAGCUGCUAGACCAGCAGUAGUAUCCUCAAGUCAUGUAUUUACACAGCAAUGUCACUAAAUAGUGUUCACAGUCACUUUAAAAGUUCAGUAUUAAAUCGUUAAAUGCUUUUUGCCCACCUAUUUCUUUUUUUUUUUCCUAAUUGUUGCUGGAGAAAAUGUAACUAUUUAUUUUGGCAGAAAUAUACCUUCUAAUAAAAACUUUCUCACUCUACUUA